AUGAAGGAAAAUCAGACAGUGGUCACAGAAUUCAUCUUACUAGGAUUUUGUCUUGGCCUAAGUAUUCACAUGGUCCUUUUUGGACUUUUUACUCUGCUCUAUGCCUUCACCCUGCUGGGGAGUGGGGUCAUCCUGAGGCUCAAUUCUCUGGACCCCAGACUGCACACCCCCAUGUACUUCUUCCUCUCACACCUGGCCAUCGUUGACAUCGCCUAUGCCUGCAACACGGUGCCCCAGAUGCUAGUGAACCUCCUGAAUCCAGCCACGCCCAUCUCCUUCGCUGGCUGCAUGACUCAGACCUUUCUCUUUUUGGCUUUUGCUCACACUGAAUGUCUCCUCCUGGUGGUGAUGUCCUAUGCUUGGUGUGUGGCCAUCUGCCACCCACUCCGAUAUUCUGCCAUCAUGAGCUGGAGAGUCUGCAUCAUCCUGGCAGGGACUUCCUGGGCAUGUGGCUCCCUCCUGGCCCUGGUCCAUUUAGUUCUGAUCUUGAGGUUGCCCUUCUGUGGGCCUCAUGAAAUUGACCACUUCUUCUGUGAAAUCCUGUCUGUGCUCAAGCUGGCCUGUGCUGACACCUGGCUCAACCAAGUGGUCAUCUUUGCAGGCUGUGCGUUUGUCCUAGUGGGGCCCCUGUGCUUGGGGCUGGUCUCCUACUCACGCAUUCUGGUCGCCAUCCUGAGGAUCCAGUCAGGGGAGGGCCGCAGGAAGGCCUUCUCCACCUGCUCCUCCUACCUCUGUGUGGUCGGGCUCUUCCUCGGCAGCGCCAUCAUCAUGUACAUGGCCCCCACGUCCCGCCAUCCUGAGGAGCAGCAGAAGAUCCUUUUCUUAUUUUACAGUUUUGUCAACCCUAUGCUCAAUCCCCUCAUCUACAGCCUGAGGAACGUGGAGGUGAAGAGUGCCUUGAGGAGAGCUCUGUGCAAAGAAAGUCAUUCCCAAUUGGUGUGA